AUGAAUGCCACCACUGCGGCCCCACCACCGCUUCCAAAUCUCUUCACUCCGAUGGCCUUCCUGCCACCGGAAUUAGCAUAUCAGUACACCAUCUCCACGUACGUUUACGUGGGUACUUUGGGGGUCUUGGUCUGGGACAUUUUAUUCCACCUUCGUCAAGACUACCCGCUGGUCUUUCGGUACCCUGUCAGGCUGCCUGGGUUAGUCUACCUGCUAUCGAGAAUGGCGGCCCUCGCUUUCAUCCUUUCUGCCGUCAUCUACCAAACCGCCCCGGUGGGCAUCCCGUGUCGCCUCUUCAGCAAAGUCGUCGAGUGGCUGUUCGCCGUCGCCGUACCAUCGACAUCUCUUCUGUUCCUCUUCCGCGUUCUCGCCAUAUUCGACCGGAACAAGUUCGUUUGCGCCUUCUUUAGCGUCAUGUGGCUUUGUGUUGUGGCGGGCGUCAUCACACCCACUCAAGGUCUCAUCGGCGCUAAUAUUGGGCCUACCAAGUAUUGUAUUAACGUGAAGGUGGAGGAGUACGUCGGAGCGGCUGCGAUUAUCCCGCUCGUGAACGACACGCUCGUCUUCCUAGCAAUCUCUUGGAAGCUGAUGCGCAAUACGCACACCUCUGCAAAUCCGCUGCGAGGAAACCUCAGCCUUCGGGCACUCCUUCGAGGAGACUACUUACCUGCUUUUUCACGGGGGCUUCUACAGGACGGACAGGUGUACUAUUUGACCACGGUCACUACCAAUUUAAUGACUGUGAUCAUAUUUUACUUCACCUUCGUGCCUGCGGUGUAUCGGGCUAUGUUCGCAGUGCCUAACGCGGUGCUGAUGAACAUGAUGGCGUGCCGUGUGUACAGGCGGACGAAGUUGGCUCGAUACAAAGAGCUGAAGAACCCAAGCAGCAACCCGUCGUCUUCGAUGUCCAAUGGUGGGGCAGUCAUCCCUCUUGCCUUCCCACCAAACAGGAAUGGUGCCGAUUUGAAGCAGUCGGGUGAAGCUGACGACAAGCACCGCCCAUUCGAAGAGAUCAAGAUAGUCAAGACGGUCACGGAGCACGACGGCGUUCCAUUCAACGAGGAGAAAGGGCAUCUGAAUGGCGGUGCUUCGGUGGCGGUCUAA